UCAGUACGCGCAUCCCAGCUGACAACAGCCUCAGUAAACUGACCUUCUCCGGCCUCGUCGCUCGUCCUGGAGCCAGACGAGGACCUUGAAUGUUGCUCAUUUGAUCUUCUGCGUUUGUUUUACUGUACAGAAACGAAGCCAUGCCCACAACGGUGGAUAUUCCUACACUGCAGGAGCUGAACGUUGACGAGAUCAAUGUGUCCUCUGCAGUGCUCAAGGCUGCUGCCCACCAUUAUGGCUCCCAGUGUGACAAGCCAAACAAGGAGUUCAUGCUUUGCCGCUGGGAGGAAAAAGAUCCAAGAAAAUGUCUAGAAGAAGGAAGGAAAGUCAAUGAGUGUGCACUCAACUUCUUCAGGCAAAUCAAGGGAAACUGUGCUGAGUCCUUCACGGAGUACUGGACCUGUCUGGAUUAUUCGAACAUGGCAGAAUUGCGCCAGUGCCGUCAGAAGCAGAAAGCCUUUGACAGCUGCGUCCUUGAUAAGCUGGGGUGGCAGAGACCUGGGCUGGGAGACCUGUCUAAGGUGACUAAAGUGGCCACCACGCGGCCCCUCCCUGAGAACCCCUACCAUUCUAGACCACGUCCAGAGCCCAACCCACCCAUCGAGGGUAAACUGGAGCCUUCAAAACAUGGCAGCAGGUUAUUCUUCUGGAACUGGUGAGGCCGCUCCAGAAAGUCCGUCACCUCCCAAAGGCAUGGGCUCUGUCCAAAAACAGCUUCUGCGACCAUUGAGACAUCAUUGAUACUUUAAAAGGUUUAAAUCUCUCGGGUACAGGUCUAAGGGUUGUGUUUUGGACAGGGUUUAUGACGUAACAGUCUCUUCAUCAGAUGUUCCUCCAGCAUCGUCAAACAGUUCGAUAAAGGAAGGAAGGAUGGAUGAUUGUGUGAACAAACUCCAUGAAUCCAGCUUUCCUGACCACUUCUGUAAAUGUAAUGAGUGAACAAAUGCAACAUGCUGUUAUUGUUGUUGUCAAAUAAUAAAAAAGUAAAUUAUAA